CGUGCCGGCAUUUGACAUAUUGACAAAUCCAAUGCGUUUUGAGUUGAAUAUAUUGAGAGGAAAAAAAUGGCAGACACAGAGUUGGCAAAAGCAUUGCGUGAUCUUCCAAAUCGGGUAUUAAAUGUGAAUGUUGAUGAACGUCCUGAACUCUUUCAAAAUAUAACCAAUGUGUUAACAAAUCCAGGAAUAAAUGCAACUAUUAUACGUGGCAUUUGUAAAGUGAUUGGAACGACGUUAACCAAAUACAAAGAUCCAAAAUCGCAGGCAUUGGUUAAGGAUUUGAUUGUAUCAUUGGCAACACAUCAUUCGGAUUUAACAUUUGAACAUUUCAACAAUGUGCUAAAAACGAUUGUGUCAAAAGAUUUAGUUGGUGUAUCGGCGCUAAAGUGUUCACAGGCGGCUGUCAUUGCAUUGGGAUGGUCAAUAACGCUCGGAUCGAGCGUUGAUCGUGGCACAGAUGUUGGCAAAACAGAAUUUAAGAAAUUAAUCGAACAUCAAGCGGCAUUGUAUCAAUUUGGUAUAUCGAGUGGCAAUGAACGGAUUUCAGAUCGUGCAAAUCAACUGAUAACCGCUUUUUGGACACAACAUAAUGAUAUUGAACAUGAGUAUUUCCAUCGAUUGUUAUCAGUUGAACCGGCCAGUAGUGUGGUUGUAUUGUUGAUGGCGAUUGUUCGAUAUCGUUUGAAUAAAAACGCAUCGGAUGACAUUCUACAUCAAAAUAAAGACAAAUUACUUGAAUACUUCAUAAAAGGCUUGGUCACCGUCAAAGUUAAACCAAAUGUUGCACUGUUCACCACUUGUUCACAAUUAUUGCAAGCAUUGAACGCUGAUGAAUUCAAAAAAUCCAUUCUUCCCGCAUUGCAGCGUGCAAUGCUACGCAGUCCAGAAGUGAUUUUACAGGGUGUUGGCGCAAUUAUUCAUGAGAUUAAUAUCGAUUGCAGUGACUUUGCUUUCGAUUUAGGCAAAACACUCAUUACAAAUCUUUAUUCGAAAGAUGAUUCGGCGCGCACUGAAGCUGUUGAAUCGCUGAAAGAAAUCGCAAUUAAAUGUCAUGAUACAAAAGCAAUUGAAGCACUGGUCAAACAAGUGUUUGCUGUACUAAAUGGAUGCGAUGGCAAAAUCACCGUGGCUGAAUAUCGAAUAAAUAUUUUGCAGGGUGCUGGUAAUCUAAGCUACAAUAACAUUUCAAAUGCCGAUCUGUCGAAUGUUCUCACACUCAUUACCGACAAUUUCAUAAAAGUGUUGGAAACCGAAAUCCAUGAGAAAGUAUUGUGUCAUGCAUUGGAAAUGUUCAGUUUAUGGGCCACUAACUAUUCCGGUGAAUUACCAAAGAAAAUCACCGAUAUUUUCAAAAAAGGCAUUGAAUUAAAAUCGGCAACACAAUCGGUGCGUGUAUCGUAUUUACAAUGGUUGCUUGCAUGUUUGGAACAGGCCACAUUUCCAUCGGGUAUCAAUAUGUCCGAUGCUUUGGUUAAAACUGUUGAAAAAGCAUCGCAAAAUUCAUCUCAAAUUCCGUUGGUGUCGGAGGCAAUUUGCUCGGCCUGUAUUGUUUUAAAAACCGAUAACGACACAUCCAGCAAAUUGAACAAUUUUUGGAACAUCGUUUUGGAUAUGUCAAAACAAGUGUUUGUAUCGGAAAAAUUCAUAACAUCUGCACCAGUCGAUACGCUAUGCUAUGUGGCAUUGAUGAGCAAAAUAUUAUUGUCGGAGCAUACGAACAAAUUGCGUGGAUCACCGGAUCCAUUGUACAAAGCGUUGGUGUAUGCAAUCACCUCAUCAUCGAAGAAAGUACGUGACUAUUCAAACCGAUUGGUUAAAGAUUUGAUCAACAAAAGCGAUGAUUACGUUAAUAUCAUACGAAAUUUAUUGCAACAUUUUACACAAAUUGCUCAAACAUCAAAGGUGAGCGGUGAAUCGGAGCCAAUUGAAGAAGGUGUGAUACCGGUUCAAGGUUACAUCGAUGCAAUUUGGUUGCUUUGCUGUUCAAAAGAAGUUAGCAUUGCCGACGGUCAGUCCAUUUCAUUGAACUGUUUAAUUUGUUGUCAUCAUGGCGCUGCAUACAUUGCAAAACCAGAUUUAUGGGAAAAUAUUGUCACGAAAUUGGGAUUGGAACCAAAAUCGUUGAUUGCAAUGAAUGUGAAUCGCAUUAAAUCGCUCGUUAUCGAAACAUACAAAGCAACAUCAAUCUUUGAGAAUACCGUUGCAUUGAUAUCGAAACUUUGUCCACAAGUUUUAUUACCAUUAAUCAUUGCACAAGUAACCGAACAUUUAAGUAAUCCCGAUAUGAUAAAUGUGAGCGAUACAGAGUAUUUCACCUAUUUAACACCGGAUGGUGAACUGUAUGAUAAAAGUGUCAUACCGAAUAGCGAUGAUAUUUAUCACGAUUUAACAAGAAAACGCGAAAAUAAGGUGUAUUCAUACAAAGAACAACUGGAAGAGCUUCAAUUGCGUCGUGAACUGGAGGAGAAAAAACGUAAAGAUGGAACAUGGAAACCACCACAAUUGACACCAAAACAAAAGGAGGCCAUUAAAAAUCAAACCGAAAAAGAAAAUGCCAUCAAACAACGUUUGCAAGCAUUGAAUGAAACGCUCACAUCAAUUGUGUCACUUAUCAAGGGUGCAUUGGCCGGAAAUGGUCAACAGCUUCAAUUAUACUAUGCUGAAUUACUUCCGAAAGUGCUUCAUGUGCUGAAAUCACCGCUUGCAGCCGAAUCAUUUACAAAGCUAUACUAUGAACUACGAAUGCCAUGCAUAACAAAUGACCAAUUAACUGGGCUAAUGAACAAAAUUGCAAUAAAUACGCUUCGUUUGCAUGAGCCCCAUUGUGAUUUGAGCGAAGCAUGGACGGCAAAUAAUUUGGACGAGGAAAUUGUAACAACGCUACAAUUGUUUGCUGAGAAAACCAUUAACACGGAGGAUGACACAAAUUUAUUGUUUGCAUCAGUAUUUUGUUAUGCAUUUGAAUUCUUGAAAAAGGCUUUAUUCCACAAGGCAAUUUCCAAAAACGAUGACUAUCUAUUGACAGCCAUUCAAUUGACGGAUAAACAUGUGCAAAUACCAGGCGAUACAGCCGAUGGUGACAUAACCGAUUUUCGUCAUCCCAAGUAUUUGCCACGCUAUGAAUUGUUGAAAGUAUUCCUCGAAAUUGUGAGCAUUCAUCGUGGUCGUGUACAAAGUCAAGCAGCCACAGUCAUUUUGGAUGUGGCAAAGAGUAAUUCGGGCGAAAAAUUCUACGCAAAUGGUGAACGUUGCGAUGUUGAAUGCCUAUUGAAUGCAUUGCAAAGUAAUUUGGAUGUUGUGCGUGAUAUUGCAUUGCGCUCGUUAACCAUUAUGGUUAAGAUUUUAAGUGAAUUCGAAUCAGACUAUGAAUUUAAUUUGUAUGUAAUUCGACGGUUGUGGAUCGCAAAGCAUGAUGUAUCCGAAGAAAUAAAACAAUUGGCAUGCGUUCUAUGGGAACAAGCUAAAUUUGAUGUGCCCAUUGUUAUGUGCGAUGAACUUUUGAAAGAUGUUAUCCAUUCGGAGUUGUGCAUUCAAAAGGCUGCAUCAAUGGCCAUUGUUUCGAUUUUGAAAGAGGAUCCAUCGCUUGUUGAAAGCGUGCUCGAACAAUUGUUGGAAAUUUACAAUGAAAAAACGAAAAUGAUUCCGGCACAAUUGGAUCAAUUUGAACGAGAAAUUGUUCCAGCCAUCGAUCAAUGGGUGCCAAGACGUGGUGUUGCAAUUGCCAUUUGUCAAAUUGCAUCGUUCUUUUCAUUUGAUUUGGUGGAUCGGGUUAUUCAAUUUAUGGUUUCAAAAGGUUUGGGCGAUCGUGAUGAAAUCGUUCACAAAGAAAUGCUCGCCGCCGCACUAAACAUUGUUGAUUUGCAUGGUAAAGAGAGUAUUGGAAAAUUAUUGCCGGUAUUUGAACAUUUCUUGGACAAAGCACCAAAAUCAAGUCACUACGAUAAUAUUCGACAGGCUGUUGUUAUUUUAAUGGGCUCAUUGGCACGCCAUUUGGACAAAGAUGAUGAACGAAUUCAACCGAUUGUUAAACGUUUGUUGGCCGCUCUAUCAACACCAUCGCAACAAGUACAAGAAGCCGUUGCCAAUUGCUUGCCACAUUUAAUGCCAUCCGUUAAAGAUGAUGCCAAUGCCAUGAUCAAAAAAUUACUUAACCAAUUGGUUAAAUCGGAAAAGUAUGGUGAACGUCGUGGUGCUGCCUAUGGCAUUGCUGGCAUUGUUAAAGGUUUGGGCAUUCUAUCGCUCAAACAAUUGGACAUUAUGAACAAACUAACGCAGCACAUUCAAGAAAAGAAGAACUAUAAAUCACGUGAAGGUGCAUUGUUUGCAUUUGAAAUGCUUUGUACCACAUUGGGACGAUUAUUUGAACCGUAUAUUGUGCAUGUAUUGCCACAUUUAUUACAAUGUUUUGGUGAUUCAAGUCAAUAUGUGCGGCAAGCCGCCGACGAUACGGCCAAAGUUGUAAUGGGAAAACUGUCGGCACAUGGUGUUAAAUUGGUUUUGCCAUCAUUGUUGAAUGCAUUGGAUGAGGAUUCAUGGCGUACAAAAACCGCAUCAGUUGAAUUACUUGGCGCCAUGGCAUAUUGUGCACCAAAACAAUUGUCAUCGUGUUUGCCAAGCAUCGUUCCGAAAUUAAUCGAAGUUUUGGGUGAUUCACAUACAAAAGUGCAAGAGGCUGGCGGUGAUGCAUUGCGUGUUAUUGGUUCAGUUAUAAAAAAUCCGGAAAUUCAAGCCAUUGUACCGGUUUUGCUGAAGGCGUUAGAAGAUCCAUCGAAAAAUACAUCAAAAUGCUUGCACAGUUUGCUUGAAACGAAAUUCGUGCAUUUCAUCGAUGCACCAUCGUUGGCUUUAAUUAUGCCAGUCGUUCAAAGAGCAUUCAUGGAUCGUUCGUCUGAAACACGUAAAAUGGCCGCCCAAAUUAUCGGAAAUAUGUAUUCACUGACCGAUCAAAAGGACUUAACUCCAUACUUACCGAACAUCAUUCCGGGUCUCAAGACAUCACUAUUGGAUCCUGUUCCUGAAGUUCGAGCUGUUUCAUCACGUGCACUCGGUGCAAUGGUUCGUGGAAUGGGUGAAUCGUCAUUCGAAGACUUAUUGCCAUGGCUUAUGCAAACACUUACAUCCGAAUCAAGUAGUGUGGAUCGAAGUGGUGCUGCACAAGGUUUAUCAGAAGUCGUUGGUGGGUUGGGCGUUGAAAAAUUGCACAAAUUAAUGCCCGAAAUUAUUGCAACCGCUGAACGAACAGACAUUGCGCCACAUGUUAAAGACGGUUAUAUAAUGAUGUUUAUUUAUAUGCCGGGUGCAUUCCCCAACGAAUUUACCCCAUACAUUGGUCUGAUUAUAAAUCCAAUUUUAAAGGCGCUUGCCGAUGAAAAUGAAUAUGUUCGUGACACCGCACUAAAGGCCGGCCAACGUAUUGUUAAUUUGUAUGCUGAAUCGGCGGUAACAUUGUUGUUGCCCGAAUUGGAAAAAGGUCUUUUCGACGAUAAUUGGCGUAUUCGAUUCAGUUCAGUUCAACUAUUGGGUGAUUUAUUGUAUCGUAUUUCGGGUGUGUCUGGUAAAAUGACAACUGAAACGGCCAGCGAAGAUGAUAAUUUUGGUACAGAACAAUCACAUUCCGCCAUUAUUCGAUUCCUUGGUGCAGAGCGUCGUAAUCGUGUUUUGGCCGGUUUGUAUAUGGGCCGCAGUGAUGUCGCUCUAAUGGUACGACAAGCUGCUUUGCAUGUAUGGAAAGUUGUUGUUACCAAUACACCACGAACGCUACGUGAAAUUUUACCAACACUAUUCAGUUUGUUGCUUGGUUGUUUGGCAAGUACAAGUCACGAUAAACGACAAGUGGCCGGACGAACAUUGGGCGAUUUGGUGCGCAAGCUUGGUGAACGUGUUUUACCCGAAAUUAUACCAAUUUUGGAACGUGGAUUGAAUUCAAAUCAAGCCGAUCAACGUCAAGGUGUUUGCAUUGGUUUAUCGGAAAUUAUGGAAUCAACAUCAAAGGAAAUGGUAUUGACAUUCGUCAAUAGCCUUGUGCCAACGGUACGAAAAGCACUGAGUGAUCCAUUGCCCGAAGUGCGAAAAGCAGCUGCCAAAACAUUUGAAUCAUUACAUAAUACGGUUGGUUCACGUGCACUAGACGAUAUUUUACCAUCUAUGUUGAAUGGUCUAUCAGAUCCAGAUCCAGAAAUAGCCGAAAAUACAUUGGAUGGAUUGCGUCAAGUGAUGGCCAUUAAAUCAAGAGUUGUUCUACCAUAUUUGGUGCCACAGUUAACGGCUCAACCGGUCAACACCAAAGCAUUGUCCAUUUUAGCCGCUGUUGCCGGUGAAUCGUUAACAAAAUAUUUGCAAAAAAUUUUACCAGCUCUAUUGCAAGCAUUAUCCGAAGCACAAAAUACACCGACCGAAGCACAAGAAACGGAAUACUGUCAGGCUGUCGUAUUAUCAGUUAGCGAUGAAGUUGGAAUUCGUACCAUCAUGGAUAUCUUAAUGGAAUCAACAAAAUCAAGUGACACAAACACUCGUCGUUCGGCUGCUGUUUUAUUGUGUGCAUUUUGUACACAUUCACCCGGUGACUAUUCACAAUACGUACCACAAUUGUUGCGUGGUUUAUUGCGACUUUUGGCCGAUAUCGAUAAAGAUGUAUUGAUACGAUCAUGGGAGGCAUUGAGCGCUGUUAUCAAAACACUUGAUUCAGCCCAACAAAUUGCUCAUGUAUCGGAUGUUCGUCAGGCCGUUCGUUAUGCUGCCAGUGAUUUGAAAGUUGACGAAGAAUUGCCUGGUUUUUGUUUGCCAAAAGGCAUUACACCAUUGCUACCGGUAUUCCGUGAGGCAAUUUUAAAUGGUUUGCCCGAAGAAAAAGAAAAUGCGGCCAUUGGUUUGGGUGAAGUAAUUUCAUUGACAAGCUCGGCAGCAUUACAACCAUCCGUUGUUCAUAUCACCGGUCCAUUGAUUCGUAUUUUGGGCGAUCGUUUCAAUGCAAAUGUAAAGGCAGCCGUUCUGGAAACGCUUGCCAUUCUUUUGCACAAAGUCGGAAUAUUGCUAAAACAAUUCCUUCCACAAUUGCAAACAACAUUCUUGAAAUCGUUACACGACCAAAAUCGCAUUGUACGCAUCAAAUCAGGCGUUGCGCUAGCUGAAUUAGUUCGAAUUCAUACACGAGCUGAUCCACUAUUUAUGGAAAUGCAUAACGGUAUCAAAGCCAACGAUGAUUCGGGCGAAAGAGAAACAAUGUUACAAGCAUUACGUGGACUUAUCACACCAGCCGGUGAUAAAAUGUCUGAACCACUGAAAAAACAAGUAUACACAACACUGACCUCAAUGUUAAAUCAUCCAGAAGAUGUAACACGAAGUGCGGUCGGCGGAUGCUUAGGAGCAUUAUGCAAAUGGUUGUCAAAAGAACAAUUGAACGAUGCACUUAAUAGUUACCUCUUGAAAGACGAUGCGAAUGAAGAUUGGACAGUGCGUCAUGGUAAAUCGGCCGCAUUAUUUGUUGCACUCAAACAAAGCCCAUCGAUAAUUUAUACAGCCGAAUAUGAAGUGAAAAUUUGUAAAAUUAUCACCGCCAAUAUAACAUCGGAUAAAAUUCAAAUUGCAAGCAACGCCAUUCGGGCGGCUAGCUAUUUGUUUGAAUAUUGUAUGAAUGAAGACAUUGCUGUACCACAACAAGUGCUCACACCAUUUGUACGAUCGAUAAAUCAUAGCAGCAAUGAAGUGAAACAAUUGCUUGUCAAAUAUUGCAGUUAUUUGGCGAAAGUGGUUGCCGCAGAGAAAACAACACAAGAAUUUCUACGGCCCGUCAUUCCAAUGCUGGUGAAUGGAACAAAAGAGAAAAAUGGCUAUGUUAAAUCAAAUUCGGAAAUUGCAUUAAUUGCCAUUCUGCGAUUGCGUAAUGGUGACGAUAUACAUCAAAAAUGCUUACAAAUGUUGGAUGCAGGCGCAAGAGAUUCACUCAAUGAAGUGGUUAGCAAAGUAUUGCGCAAAGUGGCUACACAACCAAUUGGAAAAGAAGAAGAAUUGGACGAUACACUUCUAUCUUGAUCUUGACCAUGCGCCAAAUAUCAACAUAUGCAACAAAUAACCAGAUUUAAAACAGAAAUAAUAAAAACACAUUCGUACAUUGAACUCAA